AUGCUCCACCAUUUGAUGGUAGGCACCUGGACACCUCCAGGUGCCAUUUUUACCUUCNAAUUCGACGACGAGGCCUUGACCUUGAAGUUAAUCAAAAGAACUGAGAUUCCCAAAGAUGAACCCAUCUCAUGGAUGACCUUCGACACUAUUUACGGAGCCGCUAUGAAGAAGUGGAACAGUUUCUCAGUCAAGAGUCCGACAGAGAUCGAGCACACUGCCUCGUUCCCGAUGGAACACGACCCUAAGGCUUCUCAGGCAGACACAAAGACUCGUGCAAUCUUCGUUCUGGCAGGCAAGAGACCUCCGUAUAAUGUGUAUGGUAACCCCUUUUACGACCACGCUGGCUCAGGAAAUGUCUUCUCUGUGGAUGAUCAAGGAAGUCUGAAAGAGAACAUCCAGAACUAUGACUAUUGCCCGCAAACAGCAAUUCAUGGCAUGGUCUUCGACUCUACGGAAACUUACCUUUACUCUGCCGAUAUGUGGGCAAACAGAGUCUGGUGCCAUAAGAAGGACCCAGAAUCAGGACACAUGACUACAGUCGGCAGUGUCGAUGCUCCCGCGGCAGGAGAUCACCCACGAUGGGUUGAGAUUGCACCAAGCGGGAAGUACCUCUAUGCCUUGAUGGAAGGUGGUAACAGACUUGGAGUCUACUCGAUCGAUGAGGAGACACAUAUGCCUGUCUAUACCAACAAGAUCUACCCUCUUGUUCCUCCAGAUAACANNGGCCAUCAAGAGAUCUACCCCAAGAUGUACCGCUCAGACGUUGUUUUCCUCUCGUCCAGUGGCAAAUAUCUGUUCGCGACAGCUCGAUCAAACUCCCCAGAUUUGACUGGAUACAUUGCAGCAUUCAAGCUGGCAGAGUCUGGUGAUAUCGAGCGCCAGAUUUGUCUCAAUCCUACACCUACAAGUGGUGGCCACUCCAAUGCCGUCAGCCCUUGUCCUUGGAGUGACGAAUGGCUAGCCUUGACCGAUGAUGAGAAGGGCUUCAUUGAGAUCUACAGAUGGAACGAAGAGUUCCUUGGCCGUGUCGCUCAUUGCGAUGUCAAAGAGCCCGGCUUUGGCAUGAAUGCUAUCUGGUAUGACUAA